AUGGUCCUCCACAACCCCAAUAACUGGCACUGGGUCAACAAGGAUGCUUCGGCCUGGGCCAAGCAAUACCUCGAGGAGAGCUUGACAAAGGUUGAGUCGACAGAUGGCGGUGUCACGGCAAAGAUUAGCAAGGUUGUGAGUAUGGAUGGCGACGUCGACGUCAGCCAGAGGAAGGGCAAGGUCAUCACCAUUUACGAUGUAAAGAUCGUACUAGAAUACUCCGGCACCACCUCUGACGAGGCUGAGGUCUCUGGCACCAUCACUGUUCCCGAGGUCGCCCACGAUACCGAGGAGGACGAGUUUGUGUUCGAUAUCGACAUUUACUCCGAGUCCAAGGAGAAGCAGCCCGUCAAGGACCUCGUCCGCUCUAAGCUCGUUCCUCAGCUGCGCAAGGAGUUCCUGAAGCUCCCCGGCGCUUUGAUUGCCGAGCACGGCAAGGACAUCCAGCACGCCCCGGGCUCUAACCCGUCGAGCGGCUUCUCCACACCCAAGUACCACGCGCAGGGCUCGGCUUCCAAGUCUGCCGAGGCCACGAGCGUCAAGAACAGCAGCGGCAAGGUCGUCAACACCUGCACCCUGACGGACACGGCCGAGUUCCGCACGACCGCGGAGGAAGCAUACCAGACUUUUGUGGACCCCGCCCGCAUUGCCGCCUUCACUCGUGCUCCUCCCAAGGUCUUCCAGGGAGCCAUCAAGGGCGCCAAGUUCGAGCUGUUUGACGGAAACGUCAGCGGCGAGUACCUUGAGCUCGAUGCCCCCAAGAAGAUCGUUCAGAGCUGGCGCUUGAAGCAGUGGCCGGAGGGUCACUUCUCCAAGCUGAGCAUCGAGUUCGACCAGAACGAUGUCGACCACGUGACGCUGAUGCGCGUCAACUGGGACGGCGUCCCUGUUGGUGAGGAGGAUGCCACGAAGCGUAACUGGCAGGAGUACUACGUCAACAGCAUCAAGCGCACUUUCGGGUAA